AAAGAGGACAGUGACAGUGACGAAGAACUUGCAGGUGGAAAUGUUCACCUUGUAAAUUCAAUGGAAAAGUGGAACCAAGAAACAUCGGAAUCAAACAAUGAAGGCAAAGUCAUGGUGGUGAAUUUCAGUGCACAUUGGUGUGGUCCUUGUAGGCACAUUGCAACAACCUACCGCGAACUUGCUGACAAGCACCCCGCAAUUCUGUUUCUAAUGGUUGAUGUGGAUGCGUUGGCUGAAUUCAGUACCUCAUGGGGCAUCAGCGCGACGCCAACCUUCUUUUUCAUGAGGGAUGGGAAAGAGGUCGACAAGCUCGUUGGUGCCGACAAGGUUGCACUUGAGAAGAAAAUUGUAGCCAUUGCUGAUAAGGAAAAGCCAAGCAGUUGA